CUAUUUAGUUAGUUACUCUUGUUUUCUCGUUCUCUCUCUUUCCAUCCAAAACCCUAGUAGGGUUUCGCUCCUUUGAAAGACGUCGGCUUCAUAGAAGAGAGACUCUUGUCUGAUUUUCAGAGGAACGUAACUAAAGAAGAAUAUCAGCUUUCCUGUUGAAAGGCCAACACAAUGAGAUUGGAGAAGUGCUGGUUUUGUUCCUCUACUAUCUAUCCAGGCCAUGGUAUCCAGUUUGUACGCAAUGAUGCUACGAUAUUUCGAUUUUGCAGAUCCAAAUGCCACAAGAAUUUCAAGAUGAAGAGGAACCCUCGAAAGGUAAAAUGGACCAAGGCAUAUAGACGUUUGCAUGGCAAGGAUAUGACAAAGGAUUCCACCUUUGAAUUUGAAAGGAAGAGGAACAGGCCUGAGAGAUAUGACAGGAAUACUACGGAGGAAACUCUCAAGGCUAUAAAGAAGAUCAGUAAAAUCAGAGUGGAGAGGGAGGCUGCUCACCAUAAAGACAGGAUGAAGGGUAAGAAAUCUAAGGACUACAAAGAGGCAAAGAAGGAGAUAGAACAGCAUCCAGGAUUGCUUGAUGUGAAGGUACCCCAACCUCUUUCAAAGGUUAAAGUUCCAGUUUCUCAAUCACAAAAAGACCAGAUUCAUGCCAUGGAAGAAUGAUAAACUUCAGCUGUCCACUCCUGGUUGUGUGACCAUCAAUCUAAUUGUCUUCUGAUGUAAAGUUUCAUGGUUCAAACUCCAUAUGGCGGAUAGUUCAGAAAUAUCAAACAUUUAUGUGAUGCAAGAGAUUUUGUUUGUACUUUUGGCAUUUGGAUCGUAUAAUAUUAUUGUCUCUUUUGCUCGUAAAUUUUCAGUUUUUAUUCGAAGAUUCUAUUUGUCAUUUAUGAUUUUCAAUCAACAUUCAUGGAGCAAAAAAACAAUGGAUGACUAAGUUCUAUAAGUUUUGUUUCAUUCAA